AUGAAACUUUACUAUAAUCAACCAAUACCUUACUAUACAAUAUUUUCAAAUAAUCAAACAGAAAUAACAAUACGUAUACGAAAUUAUUGGAUAGAUUAUAUUAAAAAAAUUAAUAAUAUUAAAACAAAUUCUAUUCUUGAUUUUAUUCUUCAAUCAUUACAGACACCAAUUCAAACAAUUAAUUACUCAUGGCCAAAUAAAACAAAAUUAAUACUUUAUUAUACAAAAUUUUUUGGUAGUGCAUAUUGGUAUAACGCAAAUGAAAAUGGUGUUUAUGCAAAUGAUCUUAAUUCAAAUAAUUGCCCUAUAUCAGUUAAUGCAUGUCAUGUUACAAUUGAUCAUAAAUUGUUUUCACAAAGUGAUGCAUCACUACUUCAUAUUCGAGAAUCGAUUAAUUAUAAAAAAUUAAAUAAUAUAACACGUCAUUCAAAUCAAAGAUUUAUUUUCUUUUUAAAAGAAUCACCAAUGCAUUCACCAACUUUAUCUUCGGAACAACAUGGUCGAAUAUUUAAUUAUACUCAAACAUAUCGACCUGAUUCAGAUAUAACAGCAACAACAUUAAGAAAUUUUUUCUGGUUAUUUAACUAUAAAAUAUAUCCAAAUUAUAAUUUUGAAUCAAUACUAAAAACAAAAAUAUCUGGCAAAAUUCUUGUUGCUAUUGUGUCUAAUUGUGGUGGUUCAAGUAGUCGUUUACAUUAUAUUAAUGAAUUAAAAAAGUAUAUAUCUGUUGAUGUCUAUGGCAAGUGUGGACGACCAUGUCCUAAAGUUCCCAAUUGUCGUCAAUUUGCUUAUUCAACAUAUAAAUUUUAUUUAGCUUUUGAAAAUAGUUUAUGUGAAGAAUAUGUAACAGAAAAAUUCUUUCUUGCACUUGAAAGUGCACAAAUUAUACCAGUUGUACUUGGUUGGGGACGUUAUGAUCAUUAUAUUCCGUCAACAGGAUAUAUUGAUGUUCGAAAUUUUACAACACCACGUGAACUUGCUACAUAUAUUGAUUAUCUUGAUAAAAAUACAACAGCUUAUUUAGAAUAUUUUCAAUGGCGACAAUAUGCACUUCAUAUAAAAAUGCCAAAAUAUAUGUGUGAACUUUGUUUAAAACUAUUUCUUGAUGAUAAAGAUCAUAAACAACAAUCAUUAGAACAUAUUGAUCAAUAUUGGAAUAGAAAUACGCAAUGUCAUGCUUAUAAAAAAGAUAAAAAUGGUACAUGGAUUAUGAAAUAG